AUUAUUUUAAAGUGCCUGCCUACUCCGACAUUUUCUUUAAAUGGAGGGGGGUGGAAAAAACUUUGAAUACAGCUGGGAACCCUUUAGUCCCAAGAAAAAUAACAAGUCUCAGGGCAUGCUCAGUCAGCUUGUUUUGCUGAAAACCUGGAUCCAUCAAUCACCCGUUCCGUCUCCACACCCAGGGAAGAUGUUUAUUAGCCAGCAACAGUCUUUUCGCCUCGGGCCUUACAUAAUAAAUUCAGAAGGACCGCCCCUUGACAGCGUGUUAAAGGUGCUGGGACAAGCCCUCUCCGCUCAGUUUUGUUUUGCAAGCUCUGUGAGCAAGAAGCGGCUCCCAGCCUCGUUUAUUAAAGCGCCGUACGCGUGCAGCGAAGCGAGCACAGACCUUGACCAGCUCGCCCGGACCUUGAGCCGCAGAGAUGAUCUUCGACAAAGUGAAAAAGUUUGACAUCGUCUUCGACUCGCCCGAGGUGGACUGCCCGCCGGUCUUCAGCAGCGGCGACGUGGUGUCCGGCAAAGCGGUGCUGGAGCUCGCCGGGGAGACCAAAGUGGACUCCAUCAAGCUGCAUGCCGAAGGGUUCGCCAAAGUGCACUGGACCGAGUCCCGCAGCGCCGGGUCCAGCACCGCCUACACGCAGAACUACAGCGACGAGGUUGAAUACCUGAACCGCCGGGAGGUUCUGCUGCAGGCAGAUCACGGUGAUCUUACUGUGCUGGCGGCUGGAAGACACGAGUUUCCAUUCAGCUUCCAACUUCCUGAGGAGACCCUAGUGACCUCCUUUGAGGGCAAACAUGGUAGCAUUCGUUACUGGGUGAAAGUGAAGUUGCACCGCCCCUGGGCCACAGUGAGGAAGAUCAAGAAGGAGUUCACGGUGAUUGAGCCCAUAGAUAUCAACACCCCGUCCCUACUGGCCCCGCAGGCUGGCACCAAAGACAAGCUGGCGAAGGAGGUGUACCACAAUUUUGGCCAGGUGUCGCUCACAGCCAAGAUCGACCGCAAGGGCUACACACCAGGCGAGGUGAUCCCCAUCUUCGCCGAGUUCGACAACGCCACGUCGAGGUCGGUGGUGCCCAGGGCCUACAUCACCCAGACCCAGACCUUCAUCGCGCGGGGAACCAUGAAGCAGAAGAAGGCGAUCGUGGCCACCCUGACGGGGGACGCGGUCGGCGCCAGGAAGAGGGAGACGUGGCACGGCCGCGCCAUCAAAAUCCCCCCCGUGGGGCCCUCCAUUCUGCAGUGCCGCAUCAUCAAAGUGGAAUACAUGCUGCGGGUGUGCGUGGACGUCCCGGGCACCUCGAAGCUGUCCCUGGAGCUGCCCCUGGUCAUGGGCACCAUUCCGCUGCACCCCUUCGGCAGUCGCACCUCUAGCGUGAGCAGCCAGUACAGCGUGAACCUGGAGUGGCUGCGCCUGGCCAUCCCGGAGCAGCCGGAGCCUCCUCCUGAUUACAACACCAUCGUCUCCGAAGAGGAGGCUGAGCAGAACAUGACCCCCCCACCAGUGGAGGAAGACUUCACGGGGAUCCUGGAGCGUCCCUUCUUCGCCUAUGUUCAGGAGUUCCGCUUCAGACCGCCUCCGGUUUACAGCGAGAUUGAUCCCAAUCCCCAGCUGUACAACAUGAGACGUCGGUGCAUGACGUAUUGAAGGAAAAACACCUUUUCCGAACGACACACGACCUGAACACGUUACAGGGUUUUCUCCCGGAUUCCCCAGUCCAGAGGAUGGAUGGAAUCUGGCUGUUCCUCCAGGAGGACUGGAGCAAGGAGGAGGAGGAUUGUCUUGACAUGGGGAUGGCCUGGGAUAUCUUUAAAAAAAAAGAAGUCCUUGCGGUCCUUACUCAUCCUCUGCGAUGACUGUAAUCCCAGUCCUCUGAGCUCUUCUUUGCUGCAGCAAACGGUUUACAAACCCGACACUGUUAGGAUGGGGGAAGAAAAAUGAGCAAAGGAGGCUUAAAAGGGAUGCUACUCCAGCAGUGCCUGAUCAGCUUGGCUGUCCUACCACUAGCUUGCCAUUGGCUUCUUGAUUACAUGACUGUAAAAAUGAACUGUUGACGUGGUUUGCUUAGUGAAGAAACAAAUUAUUGCAAUCUGUCCAGGACUGAACGAGCCCUAGGUUUUAAUGAUCAAGCCCUGUGCUGGACAGGGUUGAGCAGGAGUUACAAGCAUUUUCCUGGAUGCCUUGAAUACCAGUGCCACAGUUUUCUGUAAGCUUCAUUGUGCAGUGUCCACCUUUUGAAUGUGCAAACCUGUAAUCUUGGUGUUCGGUCUAGUUUUGUUGAGGCGUCAAGGGUAGACCAGAGCACACAUUUGUACCUGUGAAAUAACAGCUUUAUUUGCCAUGGAGUCAGAGGCAGUCUCACCUGUUUGCCCAGAAAAGACAGACAAAAGGCAGGCUUUGAGAUUUAAAAGGUGGUUGUGUACUAAAAACAAUGGAGUUAGGGUUUGAGGAAUUGAUGGCAUUUCACGUUCUAAGGGCUAGGACAAUGUAAGGACUACUGGAAAUCUGCAGUCUGUAAACUGUAAGUGAGGAGAAAGCGGUUCAUGACUUUGCAUGUGAAGGUUUAAAGUUUAAGGGUAAUGCACGACUUUGUUUUCCACAUCCUGUCUCUGCAAGAAAAGAAAAUCUAGUUUAUCUAAAUUGUGCUUGACUUGUGAAAGUUGCCAAAGAUGUUGCCUUGUUCUGACCCUUCCCGUAGUGUUGAAGGGAAUGUCCAGUUUCAAGCACAUGUAGUUUUAUUAGCAGAUGUACUGGAGGAAAUAUGAGCCAUAUGGUUGGUGCUUUUACACCAGGAGGCCUUAUUUUUAUACAGAGGAGGGUUCUAUACAAUAGAACUACAAAAGUGGGUACAUAAAGAUCUUAUUGGCGAUACCACUCUUAAGUGUGCUCCUGUAGAACAUUCCGAAUUGUGUGAGAACAUUCUGUUUCCUAAUUGUAAUGGAAGUGACUUGUGACCAGCAGUGCCUAUGCAAAUGGUGGGACACAGAUCACCACAAUCCUAAGAAUGUAUUUUCUAUGUUUCUUGUAUACAUGUAUUUCUUAACUUGCCAAAAAUUUAUAUUUUGAUUAUCAUUUUUUCUAAUAAAAUUAAAGAAGUCGU